AUGCCGUCUUCGAAGGACGAUGAAAGCAAAUCCAGUGUUCUACAAAGAAUAGAGGAACUGCGCAAAUUAUUCGUUGCAUUUCGUAGAAACAAGCAGGCCCAGAAACUGGAUGCGGAGCCCGUGGUCCACAGUACUCAACCUACAAAAUAUGAUGAUCAAGAGAGGACCUUGUUUGAGGACGUACAAGUUAAAAAACGACCAGCAGUUUCGCUGCGAAGAAAGAGUUCAAUUAAAUGGAAGACUGACCAGCAGAUUUGGGGCCAAGGAGACGAUACCUCAGUAGAAGAAAUCGUUCAACAUCGAGAUUUCAGAAUCGCUCAGAAAAUAACGGCGGAAGCCAAAAAGUCCAAGAUGAUAGAUACUCUUCUCAGUCAAGCAGACACAGAAGUUUUGCGAAAUCUCUUCGAGUCAGAACUGGCUCGGCCUACUUUCAAGGUUUUCAAGGAAGUAAAGCUGUUACACGUUGCCUUAAACAAGCUUUGGGAAGAAAUAAUGUGCAAUAUAAUGAAGUACAACUUCGAACAUGAAGUACACCUAUUUCUAUGCGAGCGAGAGAAGGUUAAGGCUCGAAUACUCGACGUCAUGCUGAUAUGUCCACAAAAUCUUCCUGACAACUGGGGUUCAUGGGUUGAGGGUUCUAACCUCGAAAGUUUGCUCAAGUCUGUUCAUUAUGAAGAUGCACCGGUUAUCCCAUCACCUGUAGCUCAGAGCGUUCCAUCACAGUGGACCAAACAUAUGAAGGAGAUUGAGGUAGUGAAGUCAAAAAUGCAAGAUUUAGCGGAACGAAUUAAAAAACAGCCCGAUACGGGCCGCCAAAAGGUUCGAGUGAGGAAAGCAGAUUCACGGAAAAGAAAAACGCGGAGCAAAGUGGAAAGGAAGGACAAGAAAGAAACUGUUGUUUUACCGGCUAAGAAAGAAGAGAAGCUUGAAAAGAAAAAGGAGGAAACUGUUGUUUUACCGGUUAAGAAAGAAGAGAAGCUUGAAAAGAAAACGGAGGAAGUUAAAGAGAGUGUGGAAAAAUCUGUCGUGCAGGAAAUCCAAGCUGCCAGCGACUAUGACAAUGUAAAGAUCAGCACAGACGAUGGCGGUGAAAGUUUUGACCCAGCACAUGAAAAACGAUUACAAGAGGAGAUAAAGAAAGCAGAGAAAGGGGAAACAGGAGUCAUUGAAAUGCUUUGUCAGCAGGACAUUAUCGUACAUGACACAAAAGAACAGAAGGAACAAGUUGAUGUACAAAAAGACACUAAUGUUCAGGAUAAUGAAACUAGUUCAAAGCAAGAGAAAGGCCUCUCGGGGAAAAGUGAUAGUAAGAGCGAAAAAGGUAAAGAAAGGGUGGAGGAAGAUGGAAAAGAUAAAAAGAAAGGCCAUAUAGAAGAACAGAAAAAUGAGCAUAGUAGGACUAUUAGAAAGAGAGUGAAACAACGCGAGAGCUAUGCUAGAAAGGAGUCGACCCAAGGAGAAAAGGAAAAACCUCAAGACUUCGUAAAAGAAAGAGAAAUGCGUGGAGAAGGAAAAGAGCUGGAAACGGAAGUGGAAAUGGAAGUCAGUGAAAAAGUAAUCACCUGUGAUAAAGAAGCGCUUAGAACGAGCAGCUCACACGGAGAAGAAUUUAAAACGAAGGAGAAGCAGAUAAAAGAUGAAAAAAUAGGAACGGACUCAGAGAAAAGCGUAAAGAUAGAUCGCGAAGCAGAAGUUACCACUACCAAAGGAGACAGAGAAAAAGAAUUAAAAGAUGAGGAACGGAAGGAGGUAAAAGUUGAACUAGUAGAAGUGAAACAGGAUGAGAAGAAGGUAUCAAUAACUGAGGUAGGAAAAAAAUUGGAGAAAGUUAAAGACGAUCAAAAAGAAAGUCUAGAUAAAAAGGAAGGAAAGGAGAAGAUUACUGCCAUAGGAGCAGAAAAAAAGAUCGAAAGGGAGGGAGCUACGGCAGACAGUCGGGACAAAAAAGAGAUCGAAAAGAAGAUAGCAGUAGUAGAAACAAUUUCGAAAGUCAAGGAAAAGAUGGAGACUGAUGUAGAAAGUCGUAGCAAAAAAGGAGAAAAGAAGAUGAUCCCAACAGAAUCGUUCAAGAAAUUAGUGAAAAAGAAAGAAAAAAUAGAUAAAAAGCAGGAGAUCAAAACAGAUAGUCAGGACCAGAAACAGAUUGACAAUAAUGUGCUCCCAGAAGAAACCGCCAAGAAAGUCGAAGAGAAUAAAGAGGGUGGAGAAGAGAGUAAAAACAAAAAAGAAGGCGAAAAGAAUGUAGUCCUACCAGAAAUCAGCAAGAAGAUCGAAAAGGUGGAGGAAAAGAAGGAAGUCAAGGUGGAGAGCCAAGACAAAAAGGAAGGUGAAAAGAAGGUGGCUCUACCAGAACCUGCCAAGAAAGUCGAAGAAAAGAAGGAAGUCAAGGUGGAGAGCCAAGAGAAAAAGGAAGUUGAAAAGAAGGUGGCUCCACCAGAACCUGCCAAGAAAGUCGAGGAAAAGAAGGAAGUCAAGGUGGAGAGCCAAGAGAAAAAGGAAGCUGAAAAGAAGGUGGCUCCAUCAGAACCUGCCAAGAAAGUCGACGAAAAGAAAGAAGUCAAGGUGGAGAGCCAAGAGAAAAAGGAAGUUGAAAAGAAGGUGGCUCCACCAGAACCUGCCAAGAAAGUUGAAGAAAAGAAGGAAGUCAAGGUGGAGAGCCAAGAGAAAAAGGAAGUUGAAAAGAAGGUGGCUCCACCAGAACCUGCCAAGAAAGUCGAGGAAAAGAAGGAACUUAAGGUGGAGAGCCAAGAGAAAAAGGAUGUUGAGAAGAAGGUGGCUCCACCAGAACCUGCCAAGAAAGUUGAGGAAAAGAAGGAAGUUAAGGUGGAGAGCCAAGAGAAAAAGGAAGCUGAAAAGAAGGUGGCUCCACCAGAACCUGCCAAGAAAGUUGAAGAAAAGAAGGAAGUCAAGGUGGAGAGCCAAGAGAAAAAGGAAGUUGAAAAGAAGGUGACUCCACCAGAACCUGCCAAGAAAGUUGAAGAAAAGAAGGAAGUCAAGGUGGAGAGCCAAGAGAAAAAGGAAGUUGAAAAGAAGGUGGCUCCAUCAGAACCUGCCAAGAAAGUUGAAGAAAAGAAGGAAGUCAAGGUGGAGAGCCAAGAGAAAAAGGAAGUUGAAAAGAAGGUGGCUCCACCAGAACCUGCCAAGAAAGUCGAGGAACAGAAAGAAGUCAAGGUGGAAAGUAAAGAUGAAAAAGAAGGUGAGAAGAAGAUAGUCCCACCAGAAUCAGUCAAGAAGGACGAGAAGGUAGAGGAAAAGGAGGUGCAAUUAAAGGGUCAAGACAAGAAAGAGAGUGAAAAGGUCAGACGAAGAAGUAAAGAUGAAAAAGAACGUGAAAAGAAGAUGAUUCCAGCAGAGAUCAUCAAAAAGAUUGAUGAAAAAAAUGAGUUGAAAAUAGAAAGCCAAGAUAAGAAAGAGGGUGACAAGGUGCUUCCAGCAGAAACUCGGAAGAAGAUCGAAAAGGUCGAAGAAAAUAAGGAGCUGCUAUUGAAGGGCCAAGAGAAGAAAGAGAGUGAAAGAAAGAUGAGAGCAGCAGUAUUCAAGGAAUUCGAGAAGAAGAACAAGGUCAAGCUGGAAAGUAAAGGCAAAUUGGAGAGUGAUCAAGAGGUGAUUGCAUCAAAGACCGUUAACAAGGUCGAGGAUAGGAAGGAGAUCAAGAUGGAGAGCAAGGAUAAAAAAGAGAUUGAUAAGAAAAUGACACCAGCAGAAGCAGUUAGAAAGGACGAGGAAAAGAAAGAGGUUAAACUGGAAGGACAUGUUGAAAGAGAGAGCGAAAAGAAAGUAACACCGGGAGAAGAACUCAAAAGGAUUGAGGAAAAGAUGGAGAUAAAGGCUGAAAAGGUCGACGGAAAGGAAGAAGUAAAAAUGCAGAGUCAAGACAACAAAGAAAGCAAAAAGAACAUCGUAGCAGAAUCCUUCGCAAGAGUCGACAAAGGCGAGGAAAAAAAUGGUAAUCAAGGCAAAAAAGAGAAGGAUGAGAAGUUUGGUCCCACAGAAAUCAUUAAGAAGAUGGAUAGGGUCGAUGAAAAGAAGCAGACUAAUGUGGAGAGUCAAAACAAAAAAGAGAGUGGUGACAAGAUGGCACAAGCAGAAACAGCUAAGAUUAUCGAUAGUAGGAAGGAGACGAAAGGAGACAGAAAAGAAAUUGUGACGGAGGUGGAUCCUAUCGAAUUGAAGAAAAUCCAGGAGAAAAAGGUGCAGCAGCUGAACGAAGGUGAAAGAAGCGCCGAUAAAAGAAAGACGAUCUCGAUCAAAACACAUAAAAGGAUUGAGGAGAGGAAAAAGGACAAACUGGAGAAUCAACGUGAAGAAGAGGGUGGAAGAACUAUUCCAGCGGAGGCAACGAAAAAAGACAACGUUAAAAACAUUCAAGAAGAAAAAAUGGAUGGAGAAAAACAAGUGCUCCCCCAGAAGGACGUCGUAAAGAUAGGCGAAAAGGAGGAUGGUAAAGAUGCUGAAGUUGGAGAGGAAAAAUCGACGGAAGAAGAAGAAAAGGAUUCAAAGGAUUUAACAUCAUCAGAAAAGGAAGUUAGGAAGGAGGAACAGAAGAAGGAGCAAAAAGCUGGCAAUGAUGUUAUUGCGAAUAAGAUGCAUUCGAUAAAAGGAAGUAGAAAAGAACAGGAGAAAAAGGAGAAACUUGAGAAAAUAGCGCCGGAUGUGGCCAAACAUAGAACUCGUCAAGCUUCAACUAUCCUCAGCAGGCAACUUAAUCGAAGAAAAGAGCUGAUACGGGCGCUGUUUCAAGGAUCCGCAGAUCGUGCUCUUAGUGACCGAAUUCGAAGCGCAGAAUCCGAGCAAGCUGCACCUCUUGUCCCUCUCACAGGACAGUCUGCAGAAAAAACUGUCUUUGAAAAAGUUGACACCGUCGCUCGACCGGUACUUUCAACGCUGCGACGAAACAAGACACGAUUUAAGAACGAACAAACAAAGGAUGAUCAAGUUAAGAACGAUCCCCCGCCACCACCAACUCCUCCCAAUCCAAGAAUUAUUGCACCUCAGAAACCAAAGAAGGAGCCACAGGAAGAGUUUAAUAUAGCAGAAAUUAUUUCUCAACGUGAUUUUAAUCUAGCUUUAAGGGUGAUGAUAGAAAUUAAAAAACACCGAAUUCUCGAAGAUUGCUUAGAUCAAGAAGAAACGGAAAAAGUCCGUCAAUUUUUCGAUUCGGAAAUGAGUUGCCCGUCCUAUAAUGUUAUGCGACUGAUCCAUGAGGCUUUGAACAAGUGUUGGGAACAGAUAAUGGAUAAAUGCGAGGAGUACCGAUUUCCGAAUGAGGUGGUCGUAUUCUUAUGUGAAAGAGAAAAGAGACAGUCUCGUUCUUCAUCGCUACAGCCCAGGGGCCGACGUAGAAGCAAACGCCAUAGGAAACGAAAGGAUGAAAAAAGGAAAGGUCAACGUAGGAAAGUACCGACCGCGGCGCCGGAGCUACUCUCACAAGAAGCGGGCAUUUUCAAUCAGAAACCAACAUCUGAAGCCGAUGAGUUAAUGAAAACUACGACUCUCACGACUGUCACUACAGAGACGGUUAGAGAGACCGGUCGAUCGAAACGUCUACCUGAAAUCUCUGAGCAGCUAGUUCAAGAUGAGAGAAGGGGCAAAGGCCCAGAGGCUGCCACUCUUAAACGCACUCAAGAUGAAAACGAAGUUGCAAGUGGUAGCGGAAAAAGUGAUGAAAAGGAAGAAAGAAAACCGGACAAGAACGCAGAAGUGAGUGCAGCUGAAACACCUGGAGACGAGGAAGCAGUGGAGAUUGUACCGGACAAUGUGAAUUUCGGUGACAGAAUUCCAGAAAAACAGUUAAAAGGAAAAGGUGGCGAAGAAGAUGAUGAAAAUGAGAACAAAGACGAUGAGAAGCGUGAUGAGAACCAAGAGCAGUAG